CGCUGCGUUUCUUCCCUUUCCUCUUCUUUCCUUUCACCACUCUUUACUUAGCAAUAACCAUGAUCUCUUCUCUUUCUGUUUCCGAUUUCACCGUGUUAGACGAAGUUUUAACGCCAUGGGAUUACUCUACUGUGUUCUCGCCCUUCAUUCCCACAAGCCCUAAGCUCACCUCAAGCUCCGGUUCAGGUGAACCAAACGAAAAACCGGUCUCGAACAACUCGAACCGGAACAUGGAGGACCGAAAAAAGAGAAGAAUGAUAUCGAACCGGGAAUCAGCACGGAGGUCACGUAUGCGUAAACAGAGACAUUUAGAGAAUCUACGGAACCAGUUGAACUUGUUUCGGGUUGAGAACCGGGAAUUGAAGAAUGGUUUGCAGUUCCUAAUGUUCCACUGUGAUCGUCUUCGAACCGAAAACGAGUGGCUCCGGUUAGAACGAACCGUGUUGGGUCAAAAACUGUCAAACAUAAGUCAAAGUUUGGUUUUUCCACCAUUCUCCUCUGCAUGGCCAUGCAAUAUUGUUACUGCGGAAUGAAUUAAUCAAUAAAUAAAGCUUGAUGUUAAUCAUGAUUAACAAUGUUAAUUAAUUACUAAAGGGUCUCUGUUAAAUAUUCUGGAGAUAGAUAUAUAACUUGUCUAUUAAAGGUAGAUAAACUAAGGUGAUGUAGAGUGGGGGUGCUUUUUGAGGGAAAGAAAAAGAAAAGGUUAGGUUUUGAAAAAUAUUAAUGCCAUGGUUGUCAUUGUUUUUUUGAAACCAGGGUUAAUAUUACUACUAAUUAUGUAAAAUUUCCUUAUAAAAGUAGUAAUUGUAUAAAAUAUUUUUAGUCUUUUAAAUUUUCAGUAAUUUUUUCUUUUACAAAAUGAUUUUUCAAUGGU